AUGGCCCCCCAGGUUGGUAUCAACGGCUUCGGUCGUAUCGGUCGUAUCGUCUUCCGUAACGCCAUCGCUGCUGGCAACGUCGACGUCGUCGCUGUCAACGACCCCUUCAUCGAGACCCACUAUGCUGCCUACAUGCUCAAGUAUGACAGCACCCACGGACAGUUCAAGGGCACCAUCGAGCUGUUCGACGGUGGUCUGGUCGUGAACGGCAAGAAGAUCCGCUUCUACUCCGAGCGUGACCCCGCCAACAUCCCCUGGGCCGAGACCGGUGCUGCCUACGUCGUCGAGUCCACCGGUGUCUUCACCACCACCGAGAAGGCCUCUGCUCACUUGAAGGGCGGUGCCAAGAAGGUCAUCAUCUCCGCUCCCUCCGCGGACGCCCCCAUGUACGUCAUGGGUGUCAACAACAACACCUACACCAAGGAUGUCAACGUCCUCUCCAACGCCUCUUGCACCACCAACUGCCUGGCCCCCAUCGCCAAGGUGGUCAACGACAACUUCGGCCUGGUUGAGGGUCUCAUGACCACCGUCCACUCCUACACCGCCACCCAGAAGACCGUCGACGGUCCCUCCGCUAAGGACUGGCGUGGUGGCCGCACUGCGGCCCAGAACAUCAUCCCCAGCUCCACCGGUGCCGCCAAGGCUGUCGGCAAGGUCAUCCCCUCGCUCAACGGCAAGCUGACCGGCAUGGCCAUGCGUGUGCCUACCUCCAACGUCUCCGUCGUUGACCUGACCUGCCGCACCGAGAAGCCCGUCACCUACGAGCAGAUCAAGAAGACCAUGAAGGCUGCCUCCGAGGGCGAGCUCAAGGGCAUCCUCGGCUACACCGAGGACGACAUCGUCUCCUCCGAUCUCAACGGCGAUGACAACUCCUCCAUCUUCGAUGCCAAGGCCGGUAUCGCCCUGAACGAGCACUUCAUCAAGCUCGUCUCCUGGUACGACAACGAGUGGGGAUACUCCCACCGUGUUGUUGACCUCAUCGCCUACAUUGCCGGUGUGGAUUCGCAAUAG